AUGCUGAGCAUGGACAACGUAUUUUUCUUCCAGGUGAUUUUCAAAUACUACCGCACACCGAAGUGCCAAGUAAACCGAGCCUUGUUCUACGGCAUUGGUAUGGCAGCUGCUCUAAGAUUACUAUUCUUCUUCCUAGGUACUACUUUCUUUAAGCUCAUCUCAUUCACCCGUUAUAUAUUCGGAUUGGUUCUCAUAUGGAGUGGGUAUAAGACUGCUACGGACUCGGAUGAGCAGGAAAAUGGCGAUCCGAAUAAUGCCUGUGCACAGUGUAACCUACUCGUCUCUACUUCCCUGGGAAUUGCUGGACAGGGAGCAAGUUUCUAA